UCUUACGGCAACUACAACUUCGGCUACAACGAGGACCACGCCACUGGCGGCACCUUCCGCAAGGAGAAGGGCGGCCCUGGAGUGCAGAUUGGCUCCUAUGGUCUUCGAGAUGCUGAUGGUCGAGUGCGAGUGGUCAACUACAUUGCCGAUGCCCUUGGCUUCCGUGCCUCGGUCUCCACGAAUGAGCCCGGCACUGACGUGAAGCAGGACCCCGCGGCGACCAACCUCAACUACGGCGGCGGUGGCUACAUUCCCUCGGUGCCCGUUCAUCUUCCGCUGGUGCAGCACGUUCAGGCGUACGCGCCCAUUUCCUAUUCAGUGGCCACCGUCCACCCGGCGCCCAGCUACGGCUACAGCAGCCACGUUGGUCACGGUCAUGGGCUUUACUAG